AAAAAAGGUCAGACAGCAACUUAGGGUUUUGAGUCUUCGCGUAAGAUGGAGCAACUAUCGACAUUAGAUUUUUUUUUACCCAGGGAUCUAACCUCAGAGAUUCUCUUAAGAUUGCCUGCCAAAUCUGUUGGGAAAUUUCGUUGUGUGUCGAAGCUUUGGUUAUCAAUCACCACCGAUCCAUGUUUCAUCAAGUCGUUUGGAACUACACGACCAAGUCUUCUACUCUGUUCAAUACAAGGUCACAAUAUGUUUGUUACUCCUUCUAUCAGGUCAUACUCUUCUUCUCAGCCUAUUUAUCCUUAUCCUAUGAAAGUUCUAGGAGAACAUUGUUACUUCCCCCAUAUGGAUUCCGUGCAAGGUUUGAUCUGUAUUGUAGAUGUAGACUCCCUGAAGCCCCUAGUUUGGAACCCUACCAUGGGCCAAUUAUUAGUUUUACCUAAACCCAAAUUGAGCUCCAGACAUAUGAACGUGUUUUUAGGAUAUGAUCCAGUCGAAGGUAAACACAAAGUAGCCUGUUUUCCCCAAAAAAAAAUAUGCUACGUCUGCCGAGUUUUUACCUUGGGAUCAGGGCAAGAAUCAUGGAGGACCGUCAGAACUAACAUUGAGCAUAGUGUUGCCGUUGCUUCUGGUAGAUGCAUCAAGGGGGUGAUAUAUUAUCUAGCUUUUAAAAGUCAAGGGUCUGAUGCGGUUGUUAUGAGCUUUGAUGUGAGAUCUGAAAUAUUCCAUAUGAUAGAACUACCCUCAAGUAUUCAUUGGGAUUCGCUGAUAACUUACAAGGGGAGAUUAGCUUGUAUUGAUGCAAAUAAUGAUAAAAGAUUGUGGAGUUUGGAGGAUGUAACAGAUAAACACAAGUGGUCGUUUCAAGACUUUCUCUCACCUUUAUACAAGAUGUUUGAACUACAAGGUUCCACUCAUGCUGAUGAUUGUUGGGUGUACAUAAGACAGAUUCUCAGGGAAAUCUGCUGCGAUGAUCAAAGCUUUAUCAGAUUAUGUUCACAGCAGAGGGCUUAUAUACACAAUUUUCACCAAUUAUUAUGGCAAGGCAAGUGAAAAAACAGCGUUGCUCCUUGAUUAUUUUUUGAAUGAAUUGGCUGAUCAUAUCGGAACAUACAAGCUGAAGGAGGAAACAGACGACUUGGUAGCAACCAGGGAGAUCUCAUAACAUGAUAAGUCCCAUUCAGAUAUGCAAACAGCAGUUCCUUUUCGACAAGUCAAUGUGAAUAUCGAGAAAACAACAAAUGAAGUGACUAAGAGAAUUGCGCACCUCCUAUAUGAGGCCCACAAGGCGGCUGCAGCGUUCAGGGAAGAAAAUUGAAAUCACACCUAGCUGCCUCUACCGUGCUCUUACUCACCACUGUCAAGCCCAAAAUCAUUGGAGGUGAACGCACUCUCUUAUACUCACCAGGUUAAUUUCCCCCAAACACUUGGGCAACUAGCACAUGUUAAUAUGGAAAGUGGUUCGGUUCACACGCUGGCUUAGCUUAGUUAGUAUGUUUUGUUGAUGCACUGUGUAGUACAAUCUUCUGUAUUCAGAUAACUACACUUUUGACUGUCUUCUCCAUGGUCAUGACGUCAGGGAGAGUGGCGCUUAGCUCCACACCAUCAUCACGGUUCUUUUCUUAUGACGAAGUCUCUCUCACCAAAGAAUAUCUAACAUGGUAGGAUGUGCUACCCUCAGACACUUUAGCUAAUUGUCAGAGAAGUCUAAGCUUUCCUAACCAAAUAGCCAGCUCAAGCUAUUAAACUAAUAAAAAAAUUUUGUUUUGAUGAUUUACGCAUGGCAUAUAAGUUUAUCGUGUCUUAAUAAUUGUGAAAAGUUACAAUAAAAAGUAUGAAUUCAGUUUUUUUUUUGAUA